AUGGCGGCGCCAUCCACCUCGGGACAGGAGGGACCGGCACUUGACCGGAUUGAAGGUACCCUGCGGGACCUGGCAGCAGCCAUGGUCACGAAAACUGACCUCCAGGCUAACACUCCUGCCAUCCAGGAAACCCUGCGGACGGAGAUCGCGGGGAUCCGCACAGAACUCACAGCGCAAGCAGGCCGCAUUACUGUGGUGGAGGAGGCGAACGCGGCCCUCACGACCCACAUGGCAGCUACUGACACAGCUGUGGCACGACAAGGUGAGAUAUUGCUCUCCAUGCGUCAGGCAUCUCGAAGAUGUGGACAAUAG